AUGGUCCAACUUGCACGGCUAUGGAUCGACUCUGCUACUAGUGACCUACACAACCAGGGAGAUGAAGAAAGGCAGGCACUCCAGGAUGAGCAGCCCCAACAAAAUCCUGUGUUUGAUGAAGAACAGGAUGACCAUCCCCAGCAAGAUCAUGUGUUUGAUGAUGAAUAUGAUCAACAGCAGCAGCAGUUUGAUGAUGAACAUGGUCAGCAGCACCAGCCUGAAGAACCCAUGUUUCCUGGAGGUCCUUAUGAUCUUUAUGUCCUUAAAGAUUAUGAGCACCAUAUUGCAAUUAAUGUGUGGAAUGGACAUAGAUGGCACGCAGAGACUAGUUCAUUUCACCUGCCAUUCGGUGAAAUGACUAUUACUCUUGACGACGUUAGGGGUCUUUUGAGCAUCCCAUGUUUUGGAGAGUUUUUCAUACCUCUCGCAAAUGUCAAUGAAGAUUUGGCAAUUGCUGCUGCUGUUGAGUUGUUGGGAGUUGCAUAUGAUGAAGCUGUCACUGAAACUAGGACCAAUAGAGGGUGUAUCAUUUUAGCUGAUAAAAGUUUUACCCUUGUAUCUGCAAAAUAUCUGUUUUUGUUUCAAGACCUUGAUACUUGUGGUAAAUGGGCAUGGGGACCAGCUGCACUUGUUGUGUUAUAUGACUAUCUUAGAGAUAGUACAUUGUCUGCAACCAAACAAAUUGGAGGAUAUAUAUCUUUAUUUCAGACUUGGAUUUAUGAACAUUUUCCUGAUAUUUGUAAACGGGAUAUGGAUGAGCUUAUCUCCUCGAUGCCAUGGAUGUUUCGUUGGACUGCAAAACAAACAUCUGAGAACGUUGCAUUUUACAGGGCAAAGUUGGAUGCUUUGAGGGAUAUUGAUAUUAUUUGGACGCUGAAUUACGACGAGAACUCUAUGACACGAUUUUAG